AUGGAUGCUGAUGUUCCUGUUCCUCUGGUUAUAUGGCGUAAAGGCUUUGCUUGCUUUACUUCCCCGAGUUGUAUCGGUGGGCGGACUGCGGUGCCAGGAGGUGAAGAGUUAGAUUCAUGUGUUGUUGAAGCAUUAUCAAAAGCGGCUCGUAUUCUAUCCGAUGAAUCCGAUUAUCCAAUAUCCGAUUCAUUAUCUUCAAAAUCCUCAUUUAGUGAAUCAUUAAUGCAGGUGCCUUCAACUACAUCUACACCAUUACAACAAUCGCAACUACCAAUAACUUCUUUUUUCAUUGUACAUAACGAAACAGCUCAUACAAGUACCGAAUUACUACCAUAUCAGGUACCAUCAACAACACCAAUUAACAGUCCUAUUGGAAAACGACAUGUAUGUGGAGAUUGCGGCAAGGCUUUUCCUUAUUUGUCAAUAUUGGAAUCUCAUAAACGUUGUCAUACUGGCGAGAAACCAUUUGAUUGCCAUUUCUGUGAAAAGAAAUUUGCCCAAAAAGCAACGCUACAAGUUCACGAACGAACCCAUACCGGUGAACGACCCUACAAAUGUAAAUACUGCGACAAAACGUUUGCUCAGUAUGGUACAAAAACCGUUCACGAGAAGAGUGCACAUUUGGGCAUUCGAAACUACAAAUGUCCAAAAUGUAAUAAAUGUUUAUCAUCACCAUCAGCAUUGUAUACACACAAGAAAACUCAUGGUGAAAAGACAUUACAAUGUAAUUAUUGUCCCAAAACGUUUGCAUUAAAAAAUUAUUUAAAAUUACACGUGAAACAAGUACACGAGCAAUCCGAUCGCAAACAUAUUUGUCAUUACUGUGACAAAAGUUUCGCUUAUGCAGGCAGUUUACAGGUACAUGUACGAACACAUACCGGUGAGCGACCUUAUGUAUGCAAAUUCUGUCCAAAAGCAUUUGCUAGCCAAGGUAAUCUGCAGAGCCAUGAACGAACUCAUACCGGCGAACGACCAUAUACUUGUGCACAAUGUGGGCGAUCUUUCAUCCAGAAAUCACAGCUUACUGCCCACGAAUCAACACAUCAAUAUCAUCCGGGUAUAUCACCCGAAACAAUACAAAACAAGAAGACAGCAGAAUAUAUUUGCAAAUAUUGCGGGAAACGAUACGCUUAUGCUUCAUCACUCUAUGUUCACAUUCGUUUACAUACCGGUGAACGACCAUUUCGAUGCAGCUAUUGUGAUAAAACAUUUACAAAUCAGGGUAAUAUGCAAGUUCAUGAGCGUGUUCAUACAGGCGAAAAACCUUAUAAAUGUAACACAUGUGAAAAAAGCUAUGCCCAGAAAGUGGGCUUGAAAAUUCAUUUGGAACAGUGUCAAAAAUUUUUAAAUAUUCAACAACGAGCUACUCCAAAUGCGGAAUUGAAUAGUGUUAAAACGUUAGAUGGCUUAUUACCCAAAUAUUUGAGUGUACCUGAUGGAAUAGCAAUGGCAACAUUGCAAUAUCCCACUUCACCCUCCGGAUCGUCAAUUCGGGAUUUGACUAGUCCUUCAUUGGGCCUAAAAUUACCAACCUUACCUGCAACCAGUGCAUAUAAUACAACCACAUUAAAUGCAAAUGGUGAAAUUAUAGAUCAUAUGGGCCGAAAUGAUUUCAUUACUGCUAUGGCCAAUGAGCAGGUAAUGAAAUCUGGAAAUGAAACCAUCGAAAGCAAACAGUCUGCAUUUCACGGAGUUGUUCCGGAUCCAUAUAGAAACACUCCGCUCGAUCCAUACGAUUCACAGUUUUAUGCUUACAAACAACUUCUGGAAGGUGGUAAUUCACCUGGAUCACUAUUCUCACAACAAAUGAUACUUCAAAGUCAACAAUUACAACUUCUUCUACAAUAUCCGGAGCAGUGGUGCAAUGUUUUAACACAGCCGAUUAAUGUUUAUCCGCCUAUAACUACGCUACCAGCUCUAAAUUCAACUGCUCAACAAUCGACACCUCAUUUGACAGCAAUUAAUAUUCCAAAUGAUUUUGCACCUUCUUCUGUUAAGCAUGAACCUGCCAUGCACGUGUGA